AUGACAUGGGCUACAGUGAGGUUGGUCACAACGCUCUUGGUGCUGGCCGGANGGCUGCCUACAGAAGAUGACAUGGGCAACAGUGAGGUUGGUCACAACGCUCUUGGUGCUGGCCGGAUUUACGCACAAGGGCUUUGUGGACUCUUGAGAAUGAUCUUGCAAAGUUGCGCGAGAAAGAAUGAUUGGAGAGUUGUGAAACGAGGUUGGGAUGCCCAAGUGCUUGGAGAAGCACCACACAAGUUUAAGAGUGCCAUUGAAGCUGUCAAAAAGCUGAGAGAAUAUCCUAAGGCAAAUGAUCAGUAUUUACCUGCAUUUGUUAUUAUUGAUGAUGGUGGAAAGGCUGUUGGGCCUAUUAUAGAUGGUGCUGCUGUUGGUGCUUUCAACUUUCGGGCAGAUCGUUUUAAGAAGCAUGGCAUGGGUGAAGGCCCAAACGUGCACAGACAUAUGGGGCAACGCACAAUCCUUCAGAUAUGGGCUUUGGUGACAUGGCUGAAAUCACACUACAGGCAACCAUGUGGGAAGUAG